AUGAAAAUCAAUUCUGGUAAGAAUAUAACCGAGCCAAAACAAAUUGCGAAAGAAUUCAACAGAAAAUCACAAGCAAGGAGAAAAAUCAAAAGCAAAGCUUCAAGGAGACACAUGGGUCGUUAUGGAGACUACAGUUGUGAUUCGACGUGGGAGCUGAUAGAGUCAGCUGCACAAACUAUGAUGGGGCGCCACAACGAUAAUGUGGAGUUUGUUCUCUGGACAGGCGAUGGCUUGUCACACACAGUGCGACAUCUUCCAGAUUUCCGUCAAAUGGAACUCCUGCAAAACCUCACCGAUCUACUGGGAAAGACAUUCAGUUCGCAGUUCGUCUUUCCGGCCCUGGGGCACGACGAUCCCUUCCUGAGGGAAGGGUUGGGCAGGAUGUGGUCCCGGUGGCUGCCAACAGAUUCCAUGAAGACCUUCGAGGCCGGUGGCUACUAUAUUAUAGAAAGAAAGCAACUGAAGCUCCAAAUCGUCGUUCUGAAUACAAAUUUGAUGAAACGGGGUGAAAAAGACGACGAUGCAAUGAAACAGUGGCUUUGGCUUGAUAAAGUCCUGAGCAAAUUUCAACGAAACGGAGAAACAGUGUAUCUUGUCGGCCACAUGCCUCCGGGGUCUAACGAGCGACAAAGGGCCGCCACCACGCCGUCCCACAUCGCCUACCUGGAUCACCAUAAUAAGAAAUAUCUGGAAAUUGUGCGCAAGUAUGCCGGAAUCAUAGCGGGUCAGUUCUUCGGCCAUUUGCAUUCGGAUACAUUCCGGGUGAUUUAUGGGGAGAAUGGUCGGCCAGUUUCUUGGGCGAUGAUAGCACCUUCCGUUACCCCCAGAAGAACCAACGAAGGACCAAAUAAUCCUGGACUAAGACUCUAUAAAUUUGACAAGGAUACUGGAGUGGUUUACGACUACACCCAGUAUUACCUUGACCUCUCUACUGCCAAUGCAAACGACAACAAGAACGCAGAGUGGGCGGUAGAAUACAACUUCAGCACCUACUACUCUGUCAAUGAGAUUAGUCCUGUUAGUCUCCAUACGUUAGCUGAUAAAUUCACGCAAGAUAAUCCCUCGGGAAACUCAGUAUUCAAUAG